GGGGGGCGCUUGGCGCGCAACGACCCCAAGCCGCAGCUUUGAAGCCUGAACAACGAAGUCGGUAGCCCCAACCCAACUCGGCUUAACUCAGCCUCACCCAACCCAAUCUGAGACUCGCCUCUCCCUGGGCUUGCAACAGCUCUCUGAUCUUAGGCUCCUCUGAAAUUUCAGCUAGGAUGCUGUGGCGGGCCCUUCGCAGAGUGGGUCAAAAGCUGGUACGCAGACGGGCGCUGGAGCCAGGCAUGGCUGAGACUCGCCUUGCCCGAUGCCUGAGCACCCUGGAUUUAGUGGCCCUGGGUGUGGGCAGCACCUUGGGUGCAGGUGUGUAUGUCCUGGCUGGUGAGGUGGCCAAAGAUAAAGCAGGACCGUCCAUUGUGAUCUGCUUUUUGGUGGCCGCCCUGUCUUCUGUGUUGGCUGGACUGUGCUAUGCGGAGUUUGGUGCCCGAGUCCCCCGUUCUGGUUCUGCAUAUCUCUACAGUUAUGUCACAGUGGGUGAGCUCUGGGCCUUCACCACGGGCUGGAACCUCAUCCUGUCCUAUGUUAUAGGUACAGCCAGUGUGGCCCGGGCCUGGAGCUCGGCGUUUGACAACCUGAUUGGGAACCACAUCUCUCAGACCCUGCAGGGGAGUAUCUCACUGCAUGUUCCCCAUGUCCUCGCAGAAUAUCCAGACUUCUUUGCUCUGGGCCUUGUGUUGUUGCUCACUGGAUUGCUGGCUCUGGGGGCUAGUGAGUCAGCCCUGGUCACCAAAGUGUUCACAGUGGUGAACCUUUUGGUUCUCGGUUUUGUCAUCAUCUCGGGCUUCAUUAAGGGGGACCUGCACAAUUGGAAACUCACAGAAGAGGACUACAGACUGACCAUAGCUGGCCUCAAUGACACCAAUAGCUUGGGCCCCCUGGGCUCUGGAGGAUUUGUGCCUUUCGGCUUCGAGGGGAUUCUCCGAGGAGCAGCUACCUGUUUCUAUGCAUUUGUUGGUUUCGACUGUAUUGCUACCACUGGCGAGGAAGCCCAGAAUCCCCAGCGUUCCAUCCCUGUGGGCAUCGUGAUUUCACUGUUCGUCUGCUUUUUGGCGUAUUUUGGGGUCUCUUCGGCACUUACCCUUAUGAUGCCUUACUACCAGCUUCAACCCGAGAGUCCCCUGCCUGAGGCAUUUCUUUAUACUGGUUGGGCCCCUGCCCGCUAUGUUGUGGCUAUUGGAUCCCUCUGUGCUCUUUCUACCAGCCUCUUAGGCUCUAUGUUCCCCAUGCCUCGGGUGAUCUAUGCGAUGGCAGAGGAUGGCCUCCUGUUCCGUGUCCUUGCCAGGGUCCACACGGGCACACACACCCCCAUCGUGGCCACUGUGGUCUCUGGUAUUAUUGCAGCAUUCAUGGCAUUCCUCUUUGAACUCACUGAUCUUGUGGACCUCAUGUCAAUUGGGACCCUGCUGGCUUACUCUCUGGUGGCUGUUUGUGUUCUCAUCCUCAGGUAUCAGCCUGAGCUGAGGAAUGAUGAAGAUGAGGUGGAGUUACAGGAGGAGAAGCUCCCCAAAGCAGAGAAGCUGACCCUGCAGGGACUCUUCUGUCCCCUCAACCCCAUCCCCACUCCGCUCUCUGGCCAAGUUGUCUAUGUGUGUUCCUCAUUGCUUGCCCUGCUCCUGACGCUUCUUUGCCUGGUAUUGGCCCAGUGGCCCAUCCCACUGCUUUCUGGAGACCCGGUGUGGACCGCAGUGGUUGUGCUGCUUCUGAUGCUCAUUACUGGGAUCACUGGGGUCAUCUGGAGACAGCCGCAGAGUCCCACUCCCCUGCACUUCAAGGUACCUGCUUUGCCUCUCCUCCCACUAGUGAGCAUCUUUGUGAAUGUUUACCUUAUGAUGCAGAUGACAGCGGGCACCUGGGCCCGAUUUGGGGUCUGGAUGCUGAUUGGCUUUGCUAUCUACUUCGGCUAUGGGAUCCAGCACAGCCUGGAGGAGGUUAAGAGUAACCAAGCCCCACUCAAGUCUAGGGCCAAAACUGUAGACCUUGAUCUCAGCAGUGCCUGUACACAUUCGAUCUGAUGUCAUCACCCCUGAAUGCUGUCUGGUCCCCCUGCACAAUAAUGGUGAGCACCCUUGAGCACACGGGAAGCUAGGGCUCCCGUGGGAUGUGGGUGGGGGACCACUAACAGAGCUCUGUAUUUAUUGUGGAGUGAAGGAUGUGUCUUUGCUGUUUCUCCUCUUGGUUUUUAAAUUUUUAUUUUUAGUGGUCUCCUUUCUGAUUGUGUCUGUAGCUGCUUCCUGGCUUUUACAAAAUUAUUAAAAAGAAACCA